AUGUAAACUCCUGAAAAUCGCCCUGGCCGGCCUGAAGCACAGCGACCACGGGACCUACAACAAGCCGCCAUCAUUGGGAAUCGCCAUCGAAGAUCGUCACACUCACACAAAAGCCACGACCACUCCGCAAGCGCUGCCUGGCAGUUUUUGAAUCCAGCCAAUGGGGACGGAGACACCAGAAGAUCGAAGCGCCGCGACCAAGAUAGGAAGUCGUCGAGAUAGAACGCAUCAACAGGUUCAAGAAAUUUGUAUUGUCACUCAUUUACCAAAUCAAAUACAGUCCACUUUUGUAAACUCAAAUAAACCUACCACCAGACUGGAACGGAUGUGUCCUUGCCGCACAUAA